AUGCCGACCACUCCUCAGACAUGGCUCAUCACCGGCUGCUCCAGCGGGUUCGGAGAGUUCUUCGUCCGGCAGCUGCGCGCCCAAGGCGACAACGUGAUCGCCACGGGCCGCAACGCCGCAACGAAGCUCGCCCACCUCAAAGACACCGGCGCCAGCAUCCUGGACCUCGACGUCGCCGCGCCAGUGCCCGAGAUCGAAGCCAAGAUGGCCGAGGCCUGGGGUCUGUAUCCCAACGGCACCGACGUGGUCGUCAACAACGCCGGCUACAUCCUGUCCGGCGUGUUUGAAGAAUUAACCUCACGUAAAAGCAGAGAGCAAGAUAUGCUGGCCUGCUUCAAGACCAAUUUCCACGGCCCGCUCAAUAUUACCCGGGCCCUGCUUCCUAGGCUCAGGGCCAAGGGCAAGGGCACAAUGCUGUUCAUGAGCUCCCAGGCGGGCUUCCAUGCUGAUGCCAAUGCGACGGGCUAUGUGGCGACGAAGCACGCGCUCGAAGGGGCCGUCGAAUGCCGUAGCAAAGAACUAGCCAUCUUCGCCCCGGACAUCAAGGUGCUACUCGUAGAGCCGAGCUACUUCCGCACGCGGGCCUUUGGCAACAUCAACCGCGUGCCGCAGCACAUAACCCUGUACGCCGAAUUCAACAAGGCCGUGUUCGACGCCGUGACCAGCGCCGUCGCCAAGGAGCCCGGGACCCGGACAAGGCGGUCAAGAUCAUGA